UUUAUGCUCACAGCUGCUGGGACAGGGAGGAGUAAAACACCUGCUUUUGACCAAGAGCAGAGAUUUACUAAAUCAAUUGAAUGAUAUUUCAGCCAUCCAGAGACAACUUUCCAUUUGUAUAAUGUAACAGAAAAGUUCUGGAAACAUUAAGCAAAUUGAAGUGCAGAGCCGUUUAAACAAGAUGAACAUCUCUGGAAGUGGUUGUGGAAGCCCUAGUUCUGCAGAUAUAUCUAAUGAUUUUAAGGAAUUUUGGACAAAGCUGAAGGAGUGUCAUGAUAAAGAAGUACAAGGUGGUAGAUUUUUAGUCCUUGUUCUGAACUUUGAUGAUGUACUGUGUGUCAGAAUGUUACGAGCAGGAUUAUGUGAUCGCUGUGCCGUAACUGAAGAGCAUAUGCGGAAAAAGCAGCAAGAGUUUGAAAAUAUCCGACAGCAGAAUCUUAAGCUUAUUACAGAGCUUAUGAAUGAAAAGAAUACUCUUCAGGAAGAAAAUAAAAAGCUUUCUGAUCAACUGCAGCAGAAAAUUGAGAAUGGUCAACAGUGUCAAGCAGCUGAGCUUGAAUGUGAGGAAAAUGUUAUUCCAGAUUCACCAAUAACAGCCUUUUCAUUUUCUGGCAUUAACCGACUACGAAGAAAGGAGAAUCUCCAUGUUCGAUAUGUGGAAAAAACAAAUACUAAAUUGGAGCAUUCUGUGUGUAUAAAUGAAUUAAGAAAAGCUUCCAAGACUUCAGCUCAUUCACAGCAUAGCUCUAAUGAAAAGGAAAUUCUAGUCGCUGAUACUUGUGAUCAAAGUGAAGCUCCAGUGGCUAAAAUAUGUGGAAUAAGCAGUUGUCCCACUGAUAAGUCAUCUUUUAACUUAGCUACAGUUGUUGCUGAAACACUUGGACUUGGUGUUGAAGAGGAAAGUGAAUCACAAAAUUCCAUAAGCCCUCUUGGUGAUGAGCUGUACCAUUCUCUGGAAGGAGAUCACAAGAAACAUCCUUUUGAGGAAUCCAUGAGAAAUACUAACGAUAGUUUAAGAUUUUCCGAAUCUACUUCAGAGACUCCAUCUCAAGAAGAAUUGACCACUCGGGUGUCAUCUCCUGUGUUUUCAUCUCCUGUGUUUGUACCUACAUCUAAUGUGAAAAGUAGUUUAGGUUUCAAUACAAGUUUGUCCCCUUCUCUUUUAGACACUGGGAAACAAAGCCAUCCCAAAACAACCCCUUUCAGCAGCACUUCUGUUUCUAGGUCAGAGAAAGCUAGAUCAAAAUCUAAAGAUAGUGCCCUUUUCACACACCGUAGCCUUGGAUCCGAAGUGAACAAGGCCACUAGCCAGUCUUCUUCUAGCAAGCAGAUUCUUAAAAAUAUAAGUGAAUCCAUAAAUGAACAAGAUAUUACUGAUCGCACUAAAGGCACUGUUACUGAUAAACAUAUAGUGUCCCUGAAAUCUCUGGGAGGCAGAACAUCCAAAAGGAAGAAAACUGAGGAAGAAAGUGAACGUGAAGUAGGCUGCCCCCAAGCCUCCUUUGAUAAAGAAAAUUCUCUUCCUUUUCCAAUGGAUAGUCACCUUGCCAUGAAUGGGGACCACGUCAUGGACAGACCUCUGGAUCUGUCUGAUCGGUUUUCAGCUAUUCAGCGUCAAGAGAAAAGCCAAGGAAAUGAGGCUUCCAAACACAGAUUCAAGCAAGUGACUCUUUACGAAGCUUUUAAGCCCAUUCCAAAGAGCUCUUCCUCAAGCCACAAGGCCUUGAAUGGGAACUGCCUGGUGCCCAAAGACUCCCCGGAGGAACACUGUUUACAGGAGUGUGUCCACCAGUCUUUGUGCAGAUCCCCUCCACACAAUCAGACAGCGUCACCUAUAAAAGAAGAAAAUUCCAUCUUCAAAAUCCCUCCACGUCCACAUGGAACUUUGGAGACAGAGAAUCUUUUUGAUGAGAUGAAGGGUGGUGGUUCUAAUGAGCAAACAAAAGUAAAACCCAGGUCAGUCCGUGGAGGAUGUGAGCUCACGUCAGUUCUUCAGUUAAAUCCUUGCAGAAUUGCCAAAACUAAGCCUAGUAACAACCAAGAUGCAUCCUUUGAAAAUAUCCAGUGGAGUGUAGAUCCAGGAGCAGACCUUUCUCAGUAUAAAAUGGAUAUUACUGUAAUAGACACAAAGGAUGACAGUCAGUCAAGAGUAGGAGGAGAGACAGUAGACAUGGACUGUACAUUGGUCAGUGAAACUUUGCUUUUAAAGGUGAAGAAACAAGAGCAAAAAGGAGAAAGAAGUCCAAAUAGAGAAAGAAAGAUGAAUGAUACCUUGGAAGAUAUGUUUGAUCGGACAACACAGGAAGAAUACGAAUCUUGUUUGGCAGACAGUUUCCCUCAGGUGGUAAAUGAAUUGAAGGAAUUAUCUGCUGCCAUAAGGGAACCAAUUGUACAUAAUGAUAAACAAGAUAAAGUCAAGCAGAAAGCAUUUGUAGAGCCAUAUUUUAAAGGUAAUGAGAGAGAGACUAGCCUACGGAAUUUUCCUCAUAUUGAGGUGGUUCGGAAAAAAGAAGAGAGAAGGAAAUUGCUUGGGCAUACGUGUAAGGAAUGUGAAAUUUAUUAUGCAGAUAUGCCAGCAGAAGAAAGAGAAAAGAAACUGGCUUCCUGCUCAAGACACCGAUUUCGAUAUAUUCCACCCAACACACCAGAGAAUUUCUGGGAAGUUGGUUUUCCUUCCACCCAGACUUGUAUGGAGAGAGGUUACAUAAAGGAAGGUCUUGACCUUUGUCCUCGUCCAAAAAGACGGCAGCCUUACAACGCAAUGUUUUCUCCAAAGAGCAAGGAGCAGAAGAUAUAGAGGCUGAAGUGGAAACAGAAAAACAAAAAGCAGUUUCCUCCCCUUCAGUUGUUGAUAGUUAAAGUUGUAUUAAACAUUGAUUUUUUGAUUUUCUGUAAA